AUGGCUAAGAGCCCUGGUUUCUGUAAGAGAUUUUGGACUCGGAUUUAUCAGUAUUUGGUGGAUUUAUCUGAAAGUUUCCAGACAUUUUGGAGAGUCCGUGUUAAAGGCUUUUUUGUUACCAAAAAGGAGGAAGAGUAUAUUACUUCAGCUGGGAGUAUUUUUCACAAAGAAACAAUUUUGGUACUAGGUCUAAUGUUGAGGAAUAAAUCUCUAACCAUAGAGAAGAGAGCUCAAGCUGCCUAUAAAAUUGGAAUAUUGGCCUUCACAGGAGGACCGAAUGCUGGGAAAUUCGCAGCUGAGUACAUGAAAGAAGUACAUGACUUACUGCAAAAUCGUGAGAUGGUGCCAAAGAUAAAGAUCCUGCUGCUCCAAAGUGUGGCAUGCUGGUGCUACUUAAACCCUGUCAGCCAGAGAAAAGCCAAAUUCCUGAAAUUUAUUCCUCUUCUCGCUGGUUUUCUUGAGGAAAAACUUGAGUCUACUACCAAAAGUGAAGCAAACAGCCACCUCCUCAUUAAAUUUUGGUCUUGCUAUGUUCUCUCUGUCAUGAUAUGCAAUAACUUGUCUUGCAUGAAAGCGCUUAGAGAUUGUACCUCUAUAAAAUACCAAUUGCAAGAACUGGCUAUUGAGAAUUGGUCAGGAUGGCCUGAGAAUUUUGCAGAGGUGCUGUAUUUUCUAGUUGGUUUUCACAGGAAUUGA